AUGGGCUGCUGCAUGGCCUCCCGCGAGGCCGUCGCGCCCGAGGACCAGCAGACCUGCGGGCCGUCCCCGCACAUGCCAGACGUCGCGGAGGUGCCCGUGCACGAGGACCCGCAGGAGAGCGAUGCCUUGCCCGAAUCUCUGGCGGCGCCCGUCGACAAGCAGCACCAGCAGGAGGUCUCCAAGAAGGAGGAGCAGGAAUCGUUCGGCCUGGCGCGGUAUACGGACGCCGCGAGCCUCUUCGACGCGCUCGCGUUCACCGUAGAGGGCCUCCACCCUGUGCGCUUGGUCCGCAUGUCGUGGCUGUUGCAGCAGCGCGGCACGGCCCUGAAUAGGCGCCAGGAGCUGCCGGAGGAGGCGUUCGUGUCCGCGGACGAGCUGCGGGCCGUCUGGGAGGCCAGCGGCCGAGGAGGAAGCGACCAUGUGGCGCCGAUCGUCACCAUCUCGUUCUGCUGGGACUCGCGCGAGCAUCCCGACCCCAAUGGGGUGCAGCUGAGUAUGGUGAUUGACACCCUGGAGACAGAGCGCCGCAAGUACUCAGACUCCCACGGUAACUUCAAGGGGUUCAGCGAGAUGGGAGUCUUGUGGGACUGGCCCUCGCUGCUCCAGGGCGACCCGAUCAAGGCCACGGAGGCGAAGGCCGCCGCCCUGCGGCAGGGCAAGACCGAAAAGGACGCGCAGGAGGCCGCGGACGAGGCCAAGCGGACCCCCGCCGAGAAAGCCACUUUCAAGCGUGGGCUGGAGGAGACAAUUGACCUCUGGUACGCCCAUCAGGCCACCACCGUUUUCCUGCUCACCCAGCACCCCCGCGAGCGGGGCAGCGCGCGCGAGUGCGGCUACGACCUUUCCGGCUGGACGACGUAUGAUCGAGCGCUGCUCCGCGGAGCAGAUCAAGCGGGUCUACCGCCUACAUGCGAAGUGGAACGCCGUGGCCGACCUGGGGCAGGGGGCGGGGGCGACGGCGGCCGGGUGGAGGUGGCUGGUGGGCCCGGACGAGUUUGA